UGAAAACUUUUUGGAAAUCUUUUUUUUUAGUUGUGAUUAUUUGAUUGGUUGUAAAUUUAUAUUUAAAAAGAUUUACUAAAUUAUUCACUUUUUUGUCCAUGCCUGUUUUUUUGUACAUUUAGCCAGUUUUAAUAAUUAUAUAUAGACCAAAAUGCUGACUAUAUUAUCACGCAGAUGUCCGAUUUGUUUGAGGAUCAGUUCAAGAUAUCUAACUGACAUAGCAGCGGCGAAGCAGGAGAAACCGAUUAAACUUGUCUCUUCAAAUAAUCAAGGCAAAUUCGACUUGGUUAGUCCACCAGAUCCAGAUUCCAAUAUUCGCAAAAUCAUAUUUGGUAGAUCAAAUAAAACAACAAAAGUUGAAGAGAAACUCAUCGAUGAAAACAGUAAAACGUAUGAAUGGAAUAAUCAGUUUUGGAAAGAGCAUAAUAAACUUUUUUUUGAGGAAAAGAAGAAAUUUUUGGAACGAGAAAAGGUUGUGUCCGGUUCAAACAAAGAAGUAUCCGAUAAGCUAUCCAUAUUUUAUAAAGAAUUUCUUGAGAAAAAUCAUGAUGUAUAUAUGCAGUAUAACAGAGAAUGGUAUCGCAAAAACUUUAAUUUACUAUGGAUAAGUUUUCGAGCGUCGAUAAUCAGAUUGAUUACAAGAUCUUGACAAAUAAGCGUUAUAAUCCGCAUGAUAUGAUGCUGUCGACGGCAAAAUAAUGAUAAACUGAUAUGCUCAACUUAUAAAGCUAUCGAGAGCUGCUCUAGUUUUGAAAAGCUUAGAGUUAUUUUCAACUAAAGAGUAGACGCUUGGACAUUAGAGUAUUUGAGUGAUUAUAUAUAUACCGAUAAUGAUAAAAAUCUUAUUUUUUAGCACAGUUAGACUUUUUUGGUGAAACGUUUAGACUUGACAUGUCGUAGAACUUUACCGUUCUUGGUUUUUCUAAAGAAUGUCAACCUAAUAUCAUUAUUAAGAAAAUGACUUAGGGAGCGCUUAUAUGAACCCAGCUAACUGGGUUCAAAUUAAAACCCCCUAAAUAUUAUAAUUUUUUUUUUUUUUUUACAACUAUGUACCUAAACAUCAAUAAGAUACACCAAAAUAUAUUAGCCUGCUCUGA